AUGGCGUACAGACAAGGCAUUACCUGUGGUGCCAGCGUGACCCUCCUCAUUGGUUCAGCGGUCUUGAUCGGCUUGUACAUGGCCUGCAGCGAGCUCUCUUGCCCGGCUAUUGCAUAUUCGUAUCUAUCCCCCCUGUGGACUGGCGGUCUGCUCAUGGUAACUGCUUUUCUCGGGAUCUUCAUGUCAGCAACGAAGUCGGAGAAAGGAUGCGGCAGCCUGUACCUCUUCCUUAGCAUGCUGGGCGUCCUAGCCACUAUGGGUUGCGUGUGCCUCACGUUGUACGCGUUCCUGUUGGAGAUAGGCCUGCUUGCGAUGUUACUUACCGCCACCACCACCGCGGCACCGACCACGGUCGCGGCACCGACCACGCUCGCCACCACGCCGACCGAUCCCGUGGUGUUCUACUCGUUGUGGGGGUGCAUGGCGUGCGUGGCGUUCGGGCUGUUCAUCAUGACCUGCGUGACGUCAUGCCAGUACAGCUGCUGCUGCCAGGAGCCAGUCGUGAACGAGAGAGUUGUUGUGGUGACACAAAACCAACCAGCCUCGCCGCAGAACAUCACUCUGGAAACCACCAACACCAUCGUGAAUCAGUCACCUACACCCCAGCCGAUAGUCCUGAACACCUUGCAGCCGGGGAGCGGUCAGUACUAUCUCCAGCAGCCGCACCCGGCAGCACAGCAAGCCUUGUUCGGGCCGCCGGUGGGUCAGCAACCCGUUUUCCUUCAAGCCCAGCCGGUACCGCGACGUCCAAGCGAGCCGGAGCCGCAGGCCAGUGGAAGCGGACCCGCUGACAAUCAGUCGGUGCGCCAAGAGAGGUGGUCGGACAUACAGCACACCUAUGAAGGAAACCCACUGCAAGCGUUACCCGGGCCCCGGUGGGUCAGCAUCCGGUUGUCCAUCAAGCCCCGCCGCUACCGCGACGUCCAAGCGAGCCGGAGCCGCAGGCCGGUGGAAGCAGACCCGCUGACAAUCGGUCUGUGGACAUACAGCACACUUAUGAAGUAGAAAACCCAGGGUUUAACGACGAGGACAACAACGACCCUCGGUACACCUACACCUACGCCGGGCCUAGAUACCUCGAACCCAACACAGUAAGUGGAUCCCCCACACCGAGGGACAACCAACUGUACGAAUACGUCAUAGAUCCGCGUCCCAGUACCGAAACAGCCGCGGCCCCCUUUAGCCACCCGAAGCCCCCGGGAAACAGGUAACGUGAAGAUACCGGGAAACGUUCAAAAACUCCCAAACGAAGGAGGUAGCUGAUUUGUACCAGCACUGACCGGGGGAUAUUGAAUUGAAUUGCAAGUCAGGUUCUCGGACUUUACGUUUCCUUGAACAAAAAAUCCUCCAAACAACAGAUUGGUAAAAUGGAAAAUGGUCCAAAUGACUAACAAACCUUUUUAAAGAGAAAACAAGAAGAAGAAAUAAAAAAAAACAGCAUCCAAAGGGAAUGAAACUCACACCAUCGGAAUUGUCCACUCGAUCGAGGUGGUAGUAUAUUAAUUGCAAUUGACCUGCAUUUGACCCGGUAUUUGCGCGCAUUGGCAAACUCUGGUCUUAACAGCUGCAGCCAGAGGUAUUUAUACAUAGGUUAGGUCAUGAUAAGUUACCCAGAAUGCAAUCCCUACUUCCUUCACAAGAGUAUGUGAAGCUCAUC